AUGGGCGAACGCAUCACACCUUCUAAAUGCGCCCCGGUGCCAAAUUGCUGGGCAGCUGUCGUAUGAGUUCCACCGGCGGCACCAAGAGUUCUGCGAGGACACCCUGCUGCCCCCGGCGUCCGCGGCGGCGGCGGCGGCGGCCGCUGCCGCGGCGGCGGGCGGCGCGGGGCGGGGCGGCCGCCGGCGUCUCCGUGCUUGCGCGGGGCGCGCGGCGGCAACUGCCUGCUGGGCGCGCCGCCUUCGCCCGUGGGGCUGGGCGCCGCCGACAUCAACGACCACCCGGCGUCGCGCGUGCUGCCCUUCCUGUACCUGGGCAACCAGCGCGACGCCGCCGACCUGGCCACGCUGCGCGCCCUGGGCGUGACGCGCGUGCUUAACGUCACCUCGCACCUGCCGGGCUACCACGAGGAGCGCGGCAUCCUCUACAAGCAGCUGCCCGCCUCCGACUCGGGCCACCAGAACCUCAAGCAGUACUUCGAGGAGGCCUUCGACUUCAUCGGAGAUGGAGGAGGCCCGAAAGAACGACACCAGCGUGCUGGUGCAUUGCCAGGCCGGCAUUUCCCGCUCCGCCACCAUCGCCAUCGCGUACGUCAUGAAGCACAAGCUGCUGUCGAUGGUGGAGGCGUACAAGCUGGUGAAGAGCGCGCGCCCCAUCAUCUCCCCGAACCUCAACUUCAUGGGCCAGCUGCUGGAGCUGGAGCAGGGGCUGCGCGCGACGGCCGGCCUGGCGCUGACGGACGCGUCGGCGGCUGCGGCGGCAGCGGCGGCGGCGGCCGACCUCAAGGCGUGCCACCAGUGCCGAUGGACGCACCAGUCCAGCGAGGAGGUGUCGUCGGGGUGCAGCGUCUAACCCGGGGCAGCCGUCGCCACCACUGCCUUCGCUCGCCGCCGAAGCACUUCGGAGCUGCAGCAGCCUACGCCCUACAGCGUCUCUUCUCAGCAGCUGUCCCUGACUCCACGGGCGAGGACCCGGCGUGUUCUCGGCGCGUCGCGGAGAAAAGAGGAAAUUUUUGUCUCGUGCUUGGGGCAGACGCCCGGGCUGGAUGUAUUUUGUUACUGCUCAACCCACAAAGUCAACGCUUCUACUGGAAUAGGAAUUGAGUUGUGGAUCGUUUAUAUCCGCUCACAUCCCUUAAAAUUUGUUUUGUUGGCGAAAGUGAGAGUUAGUGGGAUAUCUGCUCGCAGUUGCUAUGAACAUUGGAAGUAAGAAAAGAGACUCAAACUGGAUACUAUUUCCAGAAUUUGAUAUAUUAUUUAUGCCUGUACAACAAAAGGCUUUCAAAACGGAAUACUGAAUAAAGAUCAUUACAACAUAAAAUUGUUGAUUUCAUGUUCUGCUCUUACGCUGCGACAGUGAAAUAUAUCUGAAUACAAGAAUUGAAGAUACUGCACCAAGAUGGUAGUAGACUGCUGGUUUCAAGUGCCGGUGUCUCAGGGUGACCAUGCAUAACUAUUAGCAUCAGGGUCCCUGUGGUUGACAAGUUCAAAAACUAAAGAAAAAUACCAAAGUAAAGCUGCAGAUAAAAAUGUUCUGUAUUGUCAGAACACUAGCAGCUCUUCAUAGAAAGAAGUCGAUUUGCUGUAUCGUGGGAAAUCAUUGGCUUCAAUAAGGAAUUGCCAAUGUAGCUUCAUGAUGUAUAUCUGUACCAACUGCAGAGUUUUUGGUACAUCGUGGCUGUGUGCUGGGAAGAUGUUGUAAUGUUGGUGAAAGCCAACCUGCAGCAUAUUCAGUCAUACUUCCAAGAUCGGAAUUAAUACUGUUACUGGUGUGCUUGUUACGUGUGAGUGCAGACUGGAACAUUUAUUAGAGUGUGUGAAACAGACAUUGGUUUAUGUACCAUAAAUUAAAAUGUUAGUUACGGGUUUCUCCUAUUUAUUAUUCAGAGCACAGUGUCUGUACAUUCAGAUAUUCACAUGCUCCAAAUCAGAACUUUGAUUCACAAAUUAGUCAACUGUAGAUAUCACAUUUUUAAGCAGGAUGCAUGUUAACUUAAUUGCGUUUUAUGUGGUGUUUCACACACACACACAGAGAAAGCAUGAUUUUUGUACAGUCUAAAGAAAGGAAAAUGGAAGUAAUGCCACGAAUGUAAAAUAAAAAAAUAAGAAUGUUUGUGCAUAGUACUUGUUAGGCCUUUACUAAAACUUUUUUGUUAUCAGUAUAUUGUAGGAGACCAGACUCAGCCUACAUAUGUCUUAAAAGUUAUUCUAGCUGUUGAGACAGUGUUUGGCUGAAUGGUGUUUGAAUCUAGUCGUUUCCUGGGUUAAAAGGCUGUGUUAUGUACCAGAAUUGUUUAAUUUUAUUGUCACUAUUUACUCCUACAAUUAAGGAUAAUUCAUGGCACAAAUUGAUAGGUGGAACUUCUCCAUUUGAAUUAUAAUUGUGUUAAGUCAUAACUGAUUAGAAGUUGAUGUAGAAAUAAAGGCUAUUUUACCUUCCUCAAAUGUGAAUUUCACUUUACUAUUGUACUAAGAAAAUUUUUAUUUUUUUUACUCAGGUUGUGUGCCUUGUGAAAGUGAAAUUUUGGAAAAUAGUUGUCAACUAAUCCUAACUUUCAUAUUUUUUGUGACACAUUUAGAGAUGUCAGUGGUUUUAGUGGCCUUCAACCAAUUACUUUGAAAAUCCUAACAAGCAGACAAUUAAAAUAGUUUGUGAAGUAAAAUAAGACAAUAGUGUUUGCGUGACUGGCAUAUUGCAAUAUUUUUGUUUUGAGAGAUAUAUCUGAUCAGUCUAACACUGUUAUGGCUUGUGUGCCAGUUUACGCUGAGCUUAUCUCAUGUAAAUCAAUUAUGUAAAAUUGUAGCUUGUGUGGCAAACUGUUCAAAAUCAUUAUUCAUGUCAAAUGUAAGAUCUUUCAAUGUACAGACCAAAAGAAUCUAGCAAAAUCUGUAAUCAAUCUUUAACAUAUGAAUAUCCAUUUUUAAUGAAUAAAAUUGUACUUUAUGCCUUAUCUGUCAGUAAUUUUUCCAAAAAACAACAAAAAAAACUCCUUUACUUUCAAACUUACUUGAUUGUGCCAUUUUGUGAUUGUAUCAUAGAACCAUUUCAAUAGUGCCUGAGAUAAUUCAGAAACAAAACUUUGCAUUUAAGAAAAUAUUAAUAAAGUUGUGGACAUGUAUUUAUGAAGUAUUUAGAGCAUAAUCAACUGAUAGCAGUUAUUUAUCUAAUACUAAAUGCCUAUGAAACUACUGGAAGUUGAAAUCAAUUUGCUCAGAGAAAUAACGGGGAACACUAAAUUGAUAGAGCUUUCAAAAUGUCAUCAUGUGGCCUCUUAAUAUGCCUCAGAUGCAUGCCUUAAGAGUUUUUUAGAGGAUCUCUUAUACUUAGAAUAAUGGCAGAAUAUCUUGUAUGCUAUUAAUUUACUGAUUUGUGUCCCAAUUUCUCAUGUACCACACUAAAAAUACCUGGUCUUAACCCUUUGUUGUGGUUUGAUGAAUUAGAAAGAGGCCUCUGCACAUAUCAGAUAUUUGCCUCUAAUUACACAAAAAUGUGAGUUCUAAGUUGGCAUUUUCAUGGUAGAAAUCAGCAGGGUAAAUAAUGUGCAGUGAAAGAUAAGUGUAGUCUUGUGUAUAGUUGUCCUAAUGUGAAAUAUUCAAUCGUUACACAACCAUUGUAGAAACCCAUGUUCAUGAUUGUCAUUUUUUAAAUGGUAGUUAUGUAGCUAAGUGUUUUGCCUGUUGGGAAGUAUGGGUUAUGUGAAUAAUGUGCCUUGGACUCUUUAUUUAAUAUGUACAUAUGCAUUACUG